UUUUACUACCAAUCAGCUGAUGCCUGCUAUCAGAAACAAUAUUGCCUAACGCCACUCAACUACAGCGGACGCUAUGUGGAAGAUGAGAUUUAUGGAUACAUGUCCGAUGAGGCCAAAACGCUUUGCGAUGGUUUUUGUCAUCAUAACAGUACAUUGCGAUUGCGUUGUUGCGCAUACGAUGCUAAAGUCAAAUUGGAAAGAAUAUCAGAACAAGUAUGCACAUACAAUCAUUUAUUACGACGUUUCAUCAUACAUGGCGUUCUAGUCAAAGACAACGAAUUUCCUUUUAUGGCUGCUUUGGGUUGGCGCGUUAAGAAAGAAACUACUGGAAACACGACUAUAGUUUACAAAUGUGGGGGCACUAUAUACGAUCGCGGUUAUGUAAUCACUGCUGCGCAUUGUCUCUAUCAUUCAGGUAGCAAAUUAUGAAGAAAAACGAGCUUUUUAUGUACUAUUAAAUUAAAUAUUAGUGAUCUACCUGUGGUAGUACGUCCCGGUGGCUUCGCUUUGAAUGAUACUGAGGCUUGGGACUUGGAAAUCGAAGAAGUUAUAGAGCAUCCCAAUUAUGAUUAUCCAAAUGUAUACAAUGACAUUGCAAUUAUACGCCUAAGGACACUGUUUAAUGGAAACCCGUUUCAUGAUGAGCCGGCAUGUCUUUGGGGUGAUCCGGGCUCCGCACAUAAUGUUACAGCCAUGGGCUACGGGAACACUCAAUUUGCUGGCGUAUCCUCCCCCUUAUUGAUGAAAACAAAUUUAUCAACAAUUGAGAACAGCGAGUGCCAAUUACACUAUGAGCCAGACAGCGGUGUGCUGAGUGAUGGCAUUCUAUCGACGCAGAUAUGCGCGAAGGAUCAUGAGAAAUUGCGUGACACAUGUCAGGGUGACUCAGGUGGACCAGAUAUUAAAUUUAGCAAACAGACAGAUCUUAAUCCCAUGUCUUAUGUUGUUGGCAUCACUUCCUUUGGCAUCGGUUGUGGCACCGGCAUGCCUGGUGUUUAUACGCGUAUUUCUGAUUAUAUUGAUUGGAUUGAAAAUGUUACCUAUCGAACUGUGCCAAUGUGAAAAAGGAAUAAUAUAAUAAAGAAAUUUCAAGCAGGUAAAA